UUACAAAGAUUUAUUUAUAAAUUGUAAAAAAAAUUACAUUAAAUACUAAUCAAUUACAUAAUACACAAUGUAAUAUUAAGUUACAUUGAUAUAUUUAAAAUCCUGUAUCAUCUUAGUCAUUGUCUUAGGGUUUCAUUGCUGUGAACAGACACCAUGACCAAGGCAACUCUCAUAAGGACAUUUAAUUGGGGCUGACUUACAAAUUCAGAGGUUCAGUUCUUUAUCAUCAAGGCAAGAGCACGGCAGCAUUCAGAUAGGCAUGGUGCUGGAGGAGCUGAGUUCUAAAUCUUCAUCUGAAGGUUACUAGAGAAGGCUAACUUCAAGGCAACUAGGACGAGGUCUUAAAGCUCAUACUCACACCCACAAUGACACUUCCUAAUAGUGCCGCUCACUGGGCCAAGCAUAUUCAAAUCACCAGUCAUUUAAGAAUUUUAUUAGGAAGCUGUCAUAACUGUGAAAAUGUCAUCUGUGGUCUCCCAUGGUCUUAAAAAAAAAGUACCUCUAGUGGGGAAAAGAGGCAAAAACCUUUUAUUUGUAUGCAUGUGUGCAUACACAUGUACCUAAGUAUAUAUGAGGAGCCUGAGGAGGUCAGAAGAAUGCAUUGGAUUCCCUGGAACUGGAGUUACAGGUGGUGGUGAGCUGCCAUGUGGGUGCUGGGAUCUAAACCUGGGUCUUCUGUAAGCUCUUAACUGCUGAGCCAUUGCUCCAGGUCCAGUACUGUUUUUAAUGCUAUAAAUUAAUGCAGAUAUGGAAAAGAAUACCUCGAUUUGAAGAGGUGUGUCAUUCACGAAUAUACAGAGGAAAAAGCAAAGUAAAAACACAGUGUAAUGCUCCCAGCUUACAGUUCCUCCUCCUAUUGCUGUCAGUGUGUCUGUACUUUAUAACUGAGAUAACAUAAGUAUCAUUUUCUGCUCUAAUUACAAUGUGCAGAAUUCAGAGAUGUUUACUUUUCUUUAAAUGCUAAGGUUACUUGUGUUCAAGGAAUGAUCUACAUACAUAAUUGACUCAGUAUUUUUGUGACAAAUAAAUUCGGGGGAAAUACAGUUUUUAGUAACUUUACAUAUUUGUAAGAUUUACAUACUCCUGGAGGCAAAGUAAGAUAUCAUGUAUAGUAUUUCACAUUUCCAAUGCAGAAGUACAGCGUUUGCCCAGUAUGAGUAAGAUUCUGGAGUUAAUAACUGGUGUUGGAAAAAAAAAAAAAAACGUUGCUGGUAAAUCAUCAGUUUGAGGAAACUCCAGGAUACUGUUAAGAAUAUAUCUAAAACAACACAUUAAAAAGUGCAGUUGAGCCAGGAGUGUUAGCACAUACCUGUAGUUCCAGAACUUGGGAAGCUGGUGAAGGAGGAUCAAAAGAUUUUAAGCCCCUGGGUUACAGAAAGACUUCCUUCCCACUUACAAACCGACAAAAACCUGAAUUGUACUAAAUGGCUAAAAGAUGCAUCUGGUAGUUUCUCCAGCAGGUGGCACUGUUGAGUUAGCUUUCUUCUUUCCUCAUAGUAAGACAAUAGACCAUUCAUCUUUGUCACCCAAACAAAGAAAUAUUCCUUUGUAGCCCCCUUUUUACUCUCCGUAACUGGUCACAUGCUACUGUAACUGACUGCCUUGUGAUCUAAUCCAUACUUGGCACGAAUUAGAAAUAAGUUGUGCUUAAAAAAAUAAUGUGGCGUUUAUAUUUCUGGAAAGAAACACAUUCAUCGGUUUUCAUCUUGUUCAGUAGUUCAGAAACGGGAGGACUUUUCUGUUGAUUUGCCAUCCUGCUUGGCAUUCUAAAGCUUCACAUCUCACUUCUUACUGUGGUUUUGGGGAGAGGAAAAAGCCCUAAAUAUGUGAAUAGUUUUGUUUGUACCAUUCCAGGUACAUAUGGAAGGAGGACUUACCAUUUUGUUAUACAGUAAAACACUCGUUUUACUGUUAAAGUUAAAAGUAACUUCCAGUUGCUUUCACUCUGUUAAUAACAUUUUGCAAACUUUGAAUCUUUUUAUCUGGUUUCGUGCGUUCCCACUGAACAACUUGAAAUGUUGGGAAGAGGCGGAGUGAAGUUGAGGAUUUAGAACUGGUUUUACCAGCACUGCAUGUUCUAAAAGUUGUGCGAGCAGCUUCUGCAGUGUAGGAAACAGUGGCGGGUUUAUUUACUGGAGGUGGGGUACUAAUUUAGGAGGCAUCAUAUUCAGAGAAGGAAUUGGUGCGAUGCACUCACUCAGGGUUAAGGGUGCUUUUAGGUAACUAAAAUCACAGUGUGCCUGUACUGAAAUGAUCGAAAGCAGGCUUUAGGCAUACCUUUAAUAUACCUACUCUUGGUGGCAAAGCUACCUACAUUUCCAAGUCCAGGAAAGCCAAUAAGUAAUUUCGUCUCUGGACUGCCUCCCUGCAGAUGAGGAAGGUGACUGAGGCCAAACACGUUGGAAAGAUUUCAGCGGCUUCCAUGAGUCACGGGUGUAAAGAUGUUCAUUGGUCCCAUAGGAUUUUCGCAUUCCCCUCCUUGGCUCCUUCAGCAGACAAUGGGCGAGCCAGAGUUAAAAUCCUGCUGUACCAGUUUAAGUCGGAGCCCCCUUUCCAACUGAGAGUAGUUCAGGGAUUCCCUGGCUUUUCCAGGAGCAGUUUCCAACGAAGGAAAUUUUUAAGAGCGUUUGGGUGGGUUGUGGGGGGAGGAGAAGGCAACGUGACCCAAUCUUAACCGGAGGGUCUCAGGAGGCGCUGCGAACUCGCAGGCUGAACGGGGAGGGGAGAGGGGUAACCCCUAGGCCAACUCCGGGAGCCCAGCCCGCAGACGCCGAGCGACGGUGGGGAAUGACCUCAGCCGUCCCUGCCACGUUCCAGCCAAUCAGUCCCGCAUCUUGGCAUCCGAAUCCAGGACCCCCGAAGCCGGAGGCGACGCGAGCCAAUGAGGAGUGGGCCGGGGAAGAAGGACAGGCGGCCAGCCUAUGGGGGUGGAGAGGCCCGGCUGCGCGUAUCCAAGCAGCGCCAGGCCGAGCUCGGGGGUGUGGCGCAGCGCCGGCGGGGGUGGGCGGGCGCGCCGGGUGGCAGGUGUCAGCGGCGUCUGCAUUCGGCGGCGAUGGAGCGGCCCCGGGGAGCUGCGGACGGCCUUUUGCGCUGGCCCCUUGGCCUCCUCCUGCUCCUGCAGCUGCUGCCGCCAGCCGCCGUCGGCCAGGACCGGCUGGACGCGCCGCCGCCUCCCGCGCCUCCUCUGCUGCGCUGGGCCGGUCCGGUCGGGGUGAGCUGGGGGCUGCGCGCCGCCGCGCCCGGGGGCCCUGUCCCCCGCGCUGGCCGUUGGCGCCGCGGCGCGCCUGCAGAGGAUCAGGACUGCGGCCGCCUCCCGGACUUCAUCGCCAAGCUGACCAACAAUACGCACCAGCAUGUCUUUGAUGACCUCAGUGGCUCAGUGUCCUUGUCCUGGGUUGGAGACAGCACUGGGGUUAUUCUCGUCCUGACUACUUUCCAAGUGCCACUGGUAAUUGUGAGUUUUGGACAGUCCAAGUUAUAUCGCAGUGAGGAUUACGGAAAGAAUUUUAAGGACAUUACGAAUCUCAUCAAUAACACCUUCAUUCGGACGGAGUUCGGCAUGGCUAUUGGUCCCGAGAACUCUGGAAAGGUGAUAUUAACAGCAGAGGUGUCUGGGGGAAGCCGAGGAGGAAGAGUGUUCAGGUCAUCAGACUUUGCCAAGAACUUUGUACAGACAGACCUCCCCUUUCAUCCUCUGACUCAGAUGAUGUACAGCCCUCAGAAUUCUGAUUACCUGUUAGCUCUCAGCACUGAAAAUGGCCUGUGGGUGUCCAAGAAUUUUGGGGAAAAAUGGGAAGAAAUCCACAAAGCAGUAUGUUUGGCCAAAUGGGGACCAAACAACAUCAUCUUCUUUACCACCCAUGUGAAUGGCUCCUGCAAAGCUGAUCUUGGUGCCCUGGAAUUAUGGAGAACAUCCGACUUGGGGAAAACCUUCAAAACCAUUGGUGUGAAAAUCUACUCAUUUGGUCUUGGGGGCCGUUUCCUCUUCGCCUCUGUGAUGGCUGAUAAGGAUACAACAAGAAGGAUCCACGUGUCAACAGACCAAGGGGACACAUGGAGCAUGGCACAGCUUCCCUCUGUGGGACAGGAGCAAUUCUAUUCUAUUCUGGCAGCCAACGAUGACAUGGUGUUCAUGCAUGUAGAUGAACCUGGAGAUACUGGAUUUGGUACAAUCUUUACCUCUGAUGACCGAGGCAUUGUCUACUCUAAGUCUCUGGACAGACAUCUCUAUACCACCACAGGCGGGGAGACCGACUUUACCAACGUGACUUCCCUCCGUGGAGUCUAUAUAACAAGCACACUCUCAGAAGAUAAUUCCAUUCAGAGCAUGAUCACUUUUGACCAGGGAGGACGGUGGGAGCAUCUGCAGAAGCCGGAGAACAGCAAGUGCGAUGCUACCGCAAAGAACAAGAAUGAGUGCAGCCUUCAUAUCCAUGCUUCUUACAGCAUCUCCCAGAAGCUAAAUGUUCCAAUGGCCCCACUCUCCGAGCCCAAUGCCGUGGGCAUAGUCAUCGCUCACGGUAGUGUGGGAGACGCCAUCUCGGUGAUGGUCCCAGACGUGUACAUCUCAGAUGAUGGGGGUUACUCUUGGGCAAAGAUGCUAGAAGGACCGCAUUAUUAUACCAUCCUGGACUCUGGAGGCAUCAUCGUGGCCAUUGAACACAGCAACCGUCCUAUCAAUGUGAUUAAGUUCUCCACAGACGAAGGCCAGUGCUGGCAGAGCUAUGUGUUCAGUCAGGAGCCCGUCUACUUCACCGGGCUGGCUUCCGAGCCGGGAGCCAGGUCCAUGAACAUCAGCAUCUGGGGAUUCACGGAGUCUUUCCUUACCCGCCAGUGGGUCUCCUACACAAUUGAUUUCAAAGACAUCCUUGAGCGCAACUGUGAAGAGAAUGACUAUACCACAUGGCUGGCACACUCCACUGACCCCGGAGAUUACAAAGAUGGCUGCAUUUUGGGCUAUAAAGAGCAGUUCCUACGGCUACGGAAGUCAUCCGUCUGUCAGAAUGGUCGAGACUAUGUUGUGGCCAAGCAGCCAUCCAUCUGUCCCUGUUCCCUGGAGGACUUCCUCUGUGACUUUGGCUACUUCCGUCCAGAGAAUGCCUCAGAGUGUGUGGAGCAGCCGGAACUGAAGGGUCAUGAGUUAGAGUUCUGUCUGUAUGGCAAAGAGGAGCACCUGACCACAAAUGGGUACCGGAAAAUCCCAGGAGACAGAUGCCAAGGGGGAAUGAAUCCGGCCCGAGAAGUAAAAGACUUGAAGAAGAAAUGCACAAGCAACUUCUUAAACCCCAAGAAGCAGGACUCCCGCCCACAGGGACACAGCUUGUCCCAGAAUCCAGCUGCGCCUCCUCUUGGAUACACUGAAAACACACACUUCCUAUCUCCUACCCAGACGCAGAAUUCCAAGUCGAGUUCUGUCCCUAUCAUCCUGGCCAUCGUGGGACUGAUGCUUGUCACUGUCGUAGCAGGAGUCCUCAUUGUGAAGAAGUAUGUCUGUGGCGGAAGGUUCCUGGUGCACCGGUACUCGGUGCUUCAGCAGCACGCAGAGGCUGACGGGGUGGAGGCUUUGGAUACGGCCUCCCACGCUAAAAGCGGUUAUCACGAUGAUUCAGACGAGGACCUCCUGGAAUAGCUCUUCUGAGGAGCUGGGACUGAGUGUGCAUGGAGCCACAGUACCUCCUACAUUCCCUGAGGCUCUGACUUGGGGAAAUAAAUCCCCCACUGCGUCGGCCCCAGCUCUCUUUCUGCCGCUUCCACCCACGCCCAAAGGACCUACACUAAAGAAAGCAGGGUGGGGGUGGGGACCCCAACUGAUCUCAGUUGGCUCUGAAAAGAGGGGGGCAAUUUUAAAUUCUUUAACAUUUUUGUUUCAAUUUCUGUCUUUUGUAAAAGUGUGGGCUUUAGGCUUCUCUCGGUUUGUUUUGUAUGUUAAGGGACAUGACUUGGGAUUCAAAGGGAUUGCUUCGCUGCCCCCACUCUUGUGUGUCCUGUCUGGUGCCCGCCCCAGGGCAUCUGCCAACUCCACCAUCAACUCAACUCCCACAUCAUACCUGGUGCUGUCCCUGGGCUCUGCUGGUCAUGCGAAGCCACCUCAGAGAAGGAAACAGAGGGUGCAGUGACUGGCGCCGCCUGGCCAGCUUCCCUCCAUCCGUGGACAGCCCUGUUCAAAGAGUACCGUGCACCAGUGCACCAGCCCUGCUGCGGCUUCCUCACCCCCACCCCACCCCCAACCACGACUCUAAGGCACAGUGACUUUUCUUUUCCCGUUUAAUUAGGCAAUACCCUUGUUAAUUGCCCUUUGGCAACUAACUUAAUCAUGUGCUUCCAACACACUAAAUAGGGAAAACUUACAGGGCAAUAUUAUUCUUGUGGCAAGAAGGAGGGAGGGACAGAAUUGACUAGAUCUAACACCUAUUAAAGACAAAACUGGCUGCUUCCAAGCUCUUUCAAGCUGUGCUUUGUGGUGCCAGUGGCGCUGUCAAGGCUUGGCUCGAAGCCUGCCCAGGCUCCGCCAUCCCUUUCCUGGAGUUCGUUGUUCAGGGCACAAUGCGGCCACCAGACUGACAGCCAUAGCUGUCCAUUUUUACCAUCACCCACUGUAAAGGCUCAGUGUCGAGCUACCGCCAUGGCUGCUUAUUGCUUCCUCUGAGGUUGCUCCCGUUCAGAGAACUGGGACUAGGAGUGUUUUCAGGUUGAUGGACUUUUUCAGACUCAAAGUUACGUUACCAGACUAUCCUCCCACUUCCCCCAGUUUAGCUGAGUUGGUUGUUAUCCAGAACCCUUUGGCUAAACCCACUGAAGGCACGUUUCUAGAUGGUGCUGUGUGUGGUUGAUACAUUGCUUUCGUGUUUUAAAUUUAAGGAAAUUUUCUAUCUGAUAUUUUUCCAAAUUAAGUAAGUUGUAGAAUGAGAUUGGCGGAUGUGGGGGCGGCCAUCUGGUAGGGGAAAGGUACAGAGAUUCAUCUGAAUACAGCUUAGACAUUGGCUGGACAGGAAGAUGGGGUGUAGGUCUCUGGUGUCCCUCCCCCUGCUGUGCUGAUCAGUCCCUCCAACUACCACUAGGACAUUCUUUAGUAGGUCCAUCUUGCUGUCACUUCAUUCUGUGACUAGAAAGUCAGUGGAAAGUAAAUGUGCCAAACUAGCUUGUCAGAAUUCGUGAGCAGAUGGCCGAGUCCGCUCCUCCCCAGAGGGAACAAACAGUGUCAGGGAAAGAGGGGAGGAAGAGGAGGGAGAGCCAGAGAGAUGCUGACUUGCAGCUCCAUGAGUCAUGGAACGUGGUCUAGAAAAUGAAGUUAGGGUCGUUUCUGGGAAGAGAAGACCAGAGGAUGCUCUAGUCUUUAGCUUGUUCACUUUGUAAUGAUUCUAAAAUAAUUCCAAAGAUAUAGCAGCUCAUAAGUUAUCAAAGUCCAGCCUCACCCCCUGCCAAGGGGAGAGAUGUGUUUCCACUACAGUCUCUCCCAGCACAUCCCCAGGUUGGUGUGGGUAGGUAGGCCAGUGCAUGGUGAUCUUGCCUAGUGUCUGGAUGGACUUCACACUCGUCCCCAGCCAUCAAAGACUGGGGUGCUCUGCCGCUAAUGGUUUCUGGGAUUUCUAUAGGACAUGGCCGCUUUGGGAUCAUUUCUCUUUUGAGCACCGCACUAUUCUUGCCGUAGAUAGCACUCAGGAACAAAGGCUGAGUCAGCCACCCAGAGUCCUCGGAGCUCUGAAACACAAGUUAUGCAAGGUCCUGGCUCCUGGCAGCAGAGCUUCUCUAGGGCGACUGGCUGGGGCCGAGGGCGCUGAGGCGUUCCUUGCAGAGCCAUUAUUUUGACACCUUUUUGUUUUCUUUUGGAGAACAAGUUUAUCUCCCUGCUUCAUGACUGAGACGAAAAGUGAUGGUGAUUGGGGGCACCCUCUCUCCCUUGGAGAGUCACUGUUGGAUGAGUCCUCUGCCCUUUUGCUUCUCUCUGUAGCUCACUGACUUGGGUACUGCUCCUACAACAGCUUCCAGAAGCAUUCACAUGCACAAAUGUGCGACCCCAGCCAGCAGUUUAAGCUCCUUAAGCUGUUUUAAAAAAACAAAAAAACCUUCUGCUUUGGUUUGUCCUGUGCAGCCCUGGGGCGGCAUCGGCAUCACUGGUGAACUUACCACUAUUCUCGGCACUGUGGUGGCCGAUGGGCUGGUUCUGGAGACUUGGGCAGAAGGAUUUAGCAUUGUUAGGCAGCUCAGACAUAUUGGAAAGUCCAUUGUGGCCUGAGUUUUAAAUUCCAAUUUUUUUUUCUUGGCUUGGGACCUUAGGGGCUUGGAGUUUUCCUGAGACCGGUGCCGUGGCUGAAUGCGCUGUGCUGUGAAUUGAAUGGAACAACGCUUUGAGGCCCUUAGAGAGUGACUGCAGCUGCAGGGUGGGCUCAGGAGCCUUGGGCCCCACUGCCUCUGAACCUGCAUGCGUGCAGUCCCAUGCGCCUGGCUUUCCCCUGCACCAGGUGCAGGCUGCUGGUGUAGUCCCCUGCCUGCUCACAGCUGGUCCCCUAGCCUUUCCUCUCUGGCAUUGUAGUAUCAUGGGCCACCCUCGGCUCCUUUAUUCAUAGUCAGGCCUAUGAACCAUGCUGGACUAAGUAUGCUGAACUGUCCCUUCAUCAGGAUACUCGAGGGGAGAAAGGCCAUUCCAACAAGCGCCAGAGUGAGAGGGCUGGCAUGGCAUCGCUCACUUACUGCUCUGCAGGUAAAGCACAUGGGUAGAGAGCCUCCAGCGCUCGGAAGAGCCCUGCCACUGCACACUGGCAAAGGGCUCGCUCACGUAUCAGUACAGCCCUCCCAACUCCACACUCAGCAGGGAUGCACUGGACUGCUGAUGUCGGGCAGGGCACAUCUCAGUUUUCUAUCCCCUUCCCACCAGAGGGAAAAGGAGCAUGAACUUUAAUGUCUUUUGGAACAAAACCAAAGUUUAAGGUUUGCCAUAUGAUCAGUGACAGGGAAGCCCAGAGCCGGCCAGCAGGUGCCAGAUUUUCUGUCCCACUGGCCAGUCCUGCACCAGGUGCAGGCUGCUCUGGGCUUGUUGAAACCACAGAUGCAGGUGGGUUUCGUGGUUCCAUUCGUUAUAUCAUUAAGAAUUGGAGCAUUAACUUGAAACUGUCUUCAAAGACUUGCUGUGUGCACUGUCUCACACUACUACAUUCUCUGCAUCUGUUUAUAUAAGAUAACACAAGCCAAUCUGUACCUUUAUAUAUAUAUAUGUGUGUGUGUACAUAUAUACAUGUAUAAACUGUAUAGUGUACAUGUUAAUGACUUAUCAGUAUGCCCCGAAUUUUUAGUGCAGUUCUCAUCCUCCGCAUGCCCUCAGCUGUGGUCAGGUGACCUCCUGUCCCCUGGUGGCUCAGCCGAGUCCCUGUGUUUGAGCCUCCAGGGAGAAGGGUUGGGGCUGCAUUCUCCUUAUCCCCAUGCACAGAAACGCUCAGGGUCCCCACGUGCCUGUUGUCCUCCCCUCUGGUCUUCUGUUCCCUUUCUGAGCAUGUGGCCCUUCCCCCGGCUGUGAGGGGCGGCUGCCUUCCUGGGAGAGCAGGAUCAAGACCACCACUGCAUGUGUACUGAAAACUCCGGACUUCUGCCCUCUUGGGACAGAACAUUGCAUGUGAGGUGGGAUUAUCAAGUUUCAAAAACCUGUGUCAAUUAUACAGCAAAGCCAGACCACAUAACGACAUCCCACAAAAUGGAAAUAAAACGCAAAAUCUCUUUAGCAUUGUGUAAAUAAAUCUGGACGUGUUUAACUUUG